AGGAGCGUCUCCCUGUGAGACGGAGCAACGAAAGAUGGCGGCGGAAAAGCUGCUGUCCAGUUGGUUGCAGUUGCUGUUUCUGGGGCUCCUAUUACCAGCAAGUCUGACGGGUGGCGUCGGGAGCUUGAACUUGGAGGAACUGAGUGAGAUGCGUUAUGGGAUCGAGAUCCUGCCAUUGCCUGUCAUGGGAGGGCAGAGCCAAGCUUCGGACGUAGUGAUUGUCUCCUCCAAGUACAAACAGCGCUAUGAGUGCCGCCUGCCUGCUGGAGCGAUUCACUUCCAGCGUGAAAGGGAGGAGGAGACACCUGCUUACCAAGGGCCUGGAAUCCCCGAGUUGUUGAGCCCCAUGAGAGAUGCGCCCUGCCUGCUGAAGACCAAGGACUGGUGGACGUAUGAAUUCUGUUAUGGACGCCACAUCCAGCAGUACCAUAUGGAAGAUUCAGAGAUCAAAGGUGAUGUCCUCUAUCUCGGCUACUACCAAUCGGCCUUCGACUGGGAUGAUGAAACCGCUAAGGCCUCCAAGCAGCAUCGCCUGAAACGCUACCACAGCCAGACCUAUGGUAAUGGGUCCAAGUGUGACCUCAAUGGGAGGCCCCGCGAGGCUGAGGUUCGGUUCCUCUGUGACGAGGGAGCAGGUCUUUCUGGGGACUACAUUGAUCGGGUGGAUGAGCCCCUGUCCUGCUCCUAUGUGCUGACCAUUCGGACUCCUCGGCUCUGCCCCCACCCUCUCCUCCGACCCCCACCCAGUGCUGCGCCACAGUCUAUUCUCUGUCACCCAUCCCUGCAGCCUGAUGAGUACAUGGCCUACCUUCAGAGGCAAGCUGACCCAAAGCAGGAUGAGAAGAAAAUCGCAGAGGAGGAACAAGCUAUAGAUCAUCCAAUGUGGACUGAGACCAAGUCUAGGGUAGUGUCUCCAAAGAAAUCAGGUAUAAGCCUAGCCAAGGAUGAAAGCAAAGAAUCAGAUUUCUGGAAGAUGCCUCAUGAGCUAGAGAACCAAGCCCCAGGAGAGGAGGAGGUACAGGUGGAGGAGCAAGAUCUGAAGCUUGAAGCUGCAGCAGAUCCAGCCCCUAGUCCUCCUGACGAUUUCCAGAACAAUGUGCAGGUCAAAGUCAUCCAGAGUCCUGCAGACUUGAUUCGAUUGAUAGAAGAGCUGAAAGAUGGAGCGAAGAAGGGGAAGCCAAAUUUAGGCCAGGAGCAGCCUGGAGAUAAUGCUGCGGAAGCGCCUCCGAGGGAAGCAGAGGGGAAGGAAAAGGGUGAGCACCAUGCUGCGCUAGAAGAAGAGGACAAUGAUGAGGAUGAAGCAGAAGAUGAGGAUGAACGGCAGUUACUAGGAGAAUUUGAGAAGGAACUGGAAGGGAUGUUGCUCCCAUCAGACCGAGAACGGCUUCGUUCAGAGGUGAAGGCUGGCAUGGAGCGGGAACUGGAGAACAUUAUCCAGGAGACAGAGAAAGAGCUGGACCCAGAUGGGCUAAAGAAGGAGUCGGAACAUGAAAGGGCAAUGUUGGCUCUGACCUCCACGCUCAACAAGCUCAUCAAAAAGCUGGAGGAGAAACAGAGUCCCGAGCUGGUGAAGAAGUACAGGAAAAGGAAGCUUUUCCCCAGAAAGUCUCCCCCAUCCCCCCACCCCACAGAGGAGGAUCCUGAGCACAGAGUCCGGGUCCGGGUCACCAAGCUCCAUCACGGAGGCCCCAAUCAGGAUCUGACUGUCCUCGAGAUGAAACGGGAAAACCCACAGCUGAAACAAAUCGAGGGGCUGGUGAAGGAACUGCUGGAGAGGGAGGGACUCACAGCCGAAGGGAAAAUUGAGAUCAAAAUCAUCCGCCCCGGAGCUGAAGGGACUGAAGAGGACGCACGCUGGCUGACCGAUGAGGACACAAAAAACCUCAAGGAGAUCUUCUUCAAUAUCUUGAUUCAGGGAGCAGAAGAGGCCCACAAAGAGCGCCAGCGACAGAAAGAUCUGGAGAGCAAUUAUCGCAGGGUUUGGAGUUCCCCAGGCAGAGAGGACACAGGGGACCUGGAUGAGUUUGACUUCUGAGACCAUCACCGCAAGACCUCCAAGGAGUCCACAAUCUUCCUGACUGGCCCCACCUUCUCCUCACCUCCCCUGGGAUCCUAGAAGCAAAAUGAUGGCUGCUAAGCUGUGGACUCCUGGGGCCCAGUCAUGGGGUGGGCGUGGGGGUGCUGAGGACUGUUGCAUCUGCCAACAGCCACCCUCAUACCACACUGGAUCUGGGGAGCUGCUUGCUCCGACUCUCCUACAUGCCCUUCCUUUGCUCCUUGGCCUUCCCUGGUAUCUUCCCCUCUCUUCUUCUACCUAGAUCUCCUGAUCUUACCUAGAUGAGUAAGAUCUUGAAUGGGGCAGGGCCGAUCAGCAGGCCCCAGUAAAGCAGACUGCCCACCCAUGCCCUGUUGCUGUGUAGCAUCACUGCCCCCUCCCCUAGAUUUCCUUCUCCUUUCCUGCUCCUACUGCCCCCUACAAUCCCUGUUUCUGCGUCAGAGAGCCUUUAGCUCUUUCAUUGAGGAAAUGGGAGAGCGCUGUACAUCACCUCGGACACAAUCCAGCAAGAGAGUGUGAUGAGGAACCACCCACCACGUUCUUCAACAAUCAGGUUUCUAAAUAAAGAACUGGACCAUCAA